CCGCCUUUGGUUGCGGCGGAACAGUCGACGUCGCUAGAGCGAAGCAAGAGGUGACCUUCGUGCUCUGGCGUCCGGCGAGAGCUGCCAUGGCUCAGAGUACUCCGCCGCCGUUUGACCCCCAUCGCCCCCCGGUUAUCGAAGGCUUUACUCCGACUUCUCAUAGGCUCGAUGCCGAACAGUUUGAAAGCAAGUUCGUGCGCAAGUUCCGCGAGAACCCAUUUGUGCCCAUCGGCUGCAUUGGUACAGCAGGAAUUUUGACUUAUGGACUCAUCUGCUUUAUGAGGAAUAAUCCCCAGAAAUCCCAGAUGAUGAUGAGGGCCCGUGUUCUAGCCCAGGGUUUCACUGUUGCGUCCCUGCUAGUGGGUGUAGUCUUUACAAACUUGAAGCCAUCCAAGUGAACAAACUGUUACUGUACAGUAAUAUGAAACUAUUGCCCACUAAUCUGGGUAAGAACAAGCCCGCCUACCUGCCAGCAUACUACAUUUUGGAGAAUGAUAUCUCAGUGCUACUUAGGAAGUGACUAUCUGGUGUCAAGGAGGUCCAAUUUUUGUUUGAUAAUAUUGUUAAUAUAUUCCAGUGAUUCAAAUUUGCCACUGGUAUAUGACAUUUUUUGUCUACUGUAGCCAUGUUUUAAGCCUAUUUUUCUGAUAAAGCCAGUAAGAUUAUCUGCGUAAGUGAAGCAGAUUGGAAAGAUUGCCUUUAUUAUCUCUUGGGCAGUUGUGUGGUUAAAAAUGCAUUGAGGACAACACAUUUAUUAUGGGGAUUGGGAGUGAUGAGCCGAAUACGUUGAGUGUUAAAGAAUCUUAAAGUUUCUAUUUUUGGUGUUAUUUUUUUUUCUGAAAUUUUGUCACUGUCAAGUGUGGAUAGAAAUCAGGAGGAGUCUGACUGUGAUGUAUUAAAAACCAUUGUGUUUGUUAAGACCUUC